AUGGCGAACCUGGAGACUUGCCUCAUUUGCAUAGACAUGCAAAACGACUUCUGUCUUCCAACUUCUCCGCUGUGCGUUGCCGGAGCUAUGGGCUGCCUUCCCAAAGUGAAGCAGGCGAUUGAUGUCGCUCGUGCUAAGCAGAUGCACGUGGUCUGGGUUAUUCGUGAACACGACCCUUCAGGCGUCGAUGUCGAGUUUACCCGCGCGCAUCUGUUCAAGGAUGGCGCCGGGAGCACGGUCCCGGGCACGAAGGGCGCCGAGCUUGUGGAGGGUUUAGAGGUGCGCGCUGGGGAGUUGGUGAUCGUGAAGAAGCGGUUCAGCGCCUUCCUACACACCCAUCUGGACUUGGUGCUCCGGCGACUCAAGGUGCAGCGUGUGGUGCUAUGCGGCGUGCAGACUCCAAACUGCAUCCGUGCCACCGCGGUAGACUCGCUGGGACACGACUACGAGACGCUGGUGCUUAGCGAUGCUACCGCUUCCAAGAGCGAGGCAGUGCAAGAUGCCAACUUGGAGGACAUGCGCUGCAUGGGCAUUGCUACACCGACGGUGGCAGCCUGGGCCGCAGCGCUGUGA